CAGUUGAUACGAAGAGCCUCGUUCGCGAGGCGGCAAUUAGAAGUUCCAAGGAGUCAGGCCGGGUGGCUGCGGAAGUAAGAGGGGGGGGGGGUGCGAAUGUGGAGAGGAGGAUAGGGCCCAGACGACGGAGCCGCCGCGCAGAACAAAUUUUUUACGCAGCCAAUCUUUGACCUCGCGGAGUCGGGCGCUCUCGCGUUGUGGAGACAUGACCGAGUGUUGAGCGCGGGUUCUUGCGGAAGGCGCGCUGUGAGCAGGCGAGCCGCGGGAAGAUGUGACAGGGCGCUGAGACGAAUGUCGCGCUGAACAAGACGCCACCGUGAAGAGAAAAAUGGAGAUGCUGUUGAGCGUCAAGCUCGUUUUCUUGGUGCUUUUCCUGGCGGGCAGCGCUUUCGGCGCUGUUAGCUACAGCAGCGACCAGCAGACUCCCCAUGAAGCGGAUAUCAGGAGAGGGUCCCCAAUGCUGGGCUGCAAGGAGUUGCGCUCGAAGCGCUACAUCUCAGACGGCCACUGCACCUCGGCGCGCCCCCUGCUGGAGGUGGUGUGCGCCGGUGCCUGUUUGCCGCUGGACCAGCUGCCCUGGUACUCGGACGGAUCGCCCGCCGGGGCCGCCGCCAGCUGGAGCUGCGAGCCCGGAGCCGUGCGCCUCAGGCGCGUCCACCUGCUCUGCCCGGACGGAGAGCGGAAGAGCUACAGGGUGCCCGUGGUGCGAGCCUGCAAGUGCGUGCGCAGCCUGGAGCACGCGACGCACGCAUCCUGAGGCUUCCGCGUCGAUGGCCGACGAAGUGCGGCGCGCUUGGCUUGAAUUGCGAUCGUUAGAAAACGAAGUUUUUCGAGUGCGUGUAGGU